AGACGCAAUCUGUGUCAAUUGCCGGGUGACGUUUGAGGGCUACAGGCCGUAGCCUAAUUCCACCUCAGUAAUAUUUAACGUGGUGUAGGCUGCCUUUUAGCAGUUUGUUGAGAUAGCGGAUUGAUGAUUUAUUUUUCCUCGUCCAUGUUAGUUCUUCUCUAGCCGCAUUUUGCCUUGUAAUCACAGGUGUCUAGCUCCUGCAGGAUGACGCCUAUCACCGCUCGAUGCAGGAGGUGCUACUAUAGGGAGUGACGGCUGCUUGAGAGGUUGAGGUGGCUGCAGACUGAAACGAGGCAGUAUUGGAGAACCGUCCGCUGAUAAACAUGGUGUUUCGGAGCGAGGAGAUGUGCUUGGCGCAGUUGUUCCUGCAGUCUGGCUCUGAGUAUGACUGCAUCAGUGCGCUCGGAGAACUAGGAUUGGUUGAGUUCAGAGAUCUGAACCCAAGUGUCAGCUCGUUCCAGCGACGCUUUGUCAGCGAAAUCAAGAGAUGUGAAGAGAUGGAGAGGAUUCUGGGCUUUCUUCUGCGGGAGAUCCAAAAGGCCAACAUAGCAGUACCACGAGAAGAUGACUGUCUAAUAGCUCCACCUCCAAGACAAGUUCUGGAGAUAAUGGAACAGCUUCAGAGGCUGGAGAUGGAGCUAAGUGAAGUGGCCAGGAACAAAGAGAAGCUGCAGAGGAACCUGUUGGAGCUGACUGAAUACACACACAUGCUGAAGAUCACACGUACCUUCAUUCACAGCCGCUCCAGACAUGAGGCUCUUGGUCCCCAGUAUGAAGAGUUCCCCACUAUGGAGACAGACUCUGUGACAGGCUGCACUGGCAUGCAGAGGCUAGGAGCCAAACUGGGGUUUGUUUCAGGUCUCAUCCAACGAGUGAAGGUGGAGGCAUUUGAGAGAAUGCUCUGGAGAGUCUGCAAGGGUUAUACUAUCCUGAGCUAUGCAGAAGUGGAUGAAACUCUUACUGAUCUUGACACAGGAGAAAUAAGUGAAAGUGUCGUGUUCCUGAUCUCUUUCUGGGGUGAUCAGAUUGGACAGAAAGUGCAAAAGAUAUGUGAUUGUUACCAUUGCCAUCUUUAUCCACACCCGGAGAAUGACGAGGAGAGGGCUGAUGUGUUGGACAGCUUGAGGACACGAAUGCAAGACCUUAAUAAUGUUUUAUACCGCACAGAGGACUAUUUGAGACAGGUAUUGCAGAAAGCCUCAGAGUCAGCCUUCUCCUGGGUUGUACAGGUCAAAAAGAUGAAGGCAAUUUACCACAUCCUGAACCUCUGCAGCUUUGAUGUCACCAACAAGUGUCUCAUUGCUGAGGUUUGGUGUCCUGUUAGUGAUCUCACCAACCUUCGGGUGGCACUAGAGGAAGGCUCGAGAAAAGGUGACGCUACAGUACCAUCCUUUGUGAAUCGCAUUCCAUGCACAGACACUCCCCCUACUCUUGUAAGAACAAACAAAUUCACCUCCGCAUUUCAAAGCAUAGUGGAGGCUUAUGGGGUUGGAAACUAUCGCGAGGUAAGCCCAGCUCCAUACACAAUCAUCACCUUCCCUUUUCUGUUUGCUGUGAUGUUUGGUGACCUUGGGCAUGGUGCUGUAAUGAGUUUAUUUGCUUUAUGGAUGGUGAUCACAGAAAAAUCUCACAAGAAAAAACAUUCCAGUAAUGAGAUAUGGAUGACAUUUUUUAAUGGUCGUUACAUCAUCCUAAUGAUGGGGCUUUUUUCAGUAUAUACUGGGAUCAUCUAUAAUGACUGCUUCUCUAAAUCGCUCAACAUUUUUGGGUCUUGUUGGAGUGUCAAGGCUAUGUUCACAAAUCAGCACUGGACGAACAAAACACUCCAAGCUAAUGCCUUGCUUAUGUUAGAUCCAAAUGUCAGUGGCGUUUUCACUGGACCGUAUCCUUUGGGCAUUGAUCCUAUAUGGAAUUUGGCUGUGAACCGUCUCUCCUUCUUAAACUCUUAUAAAAUGAAGAUGUCUGUGAUCAUUGGGGUGAUACACAUGACAUUUGGUGUAGUAUUAAGUGUUUUCAACCACUUGCACUUUCGCGAGAAGUUUAAUGUCUAUCUACUCUUCCUCCCUGAGCUGCUCUUUUUGCUCUGUCUUUUUGGCUACCUGGUCUUCAUGAUUGUGUAUAAGUGGAUAGCAUUUGGUGCACGUGAUUCGAGUCAGGCCCCCAGCAUUCUUAUUCACUUUAUUAAUAUGUUUGUCAUGCAAGGAAAAGACAUUACACCUCUGUACCGUGGGCAGACUGGAUUACAAAUCUUUCUCAUAACUGUAGCCAUGUUGUCCAUCCCUGUAUUACUUUUGGGAAAACCUAUUUACUUGUAUUGGCUGUAUCGAGGAAGCAAAGGUCUGCGCCGACGAAGAGGAUAUGAGAGGGUAAGACGUGUGAGUGAAGAUGACUCUUCUGCACCUACCUAUGAUGAAGAGGAUGAAGAGGAAGGAACAGAGGAAAUAUUCAGCAGAGAACCCCUUCCAAAACAGUUUGACCUGGCCAACAGCCUCCUUCACCAGUCCAUUCACACUAUUGAAUACUGCCUGGGUUGCAUCUCCAACACGGCAUCGUACCUGCGACUCUGGGCUCUUAGUUUAGCUCAUGCGCAGCUGUCUGAGGUGCUCUGGGAGAUGGUGAUGCGUCUGGGCUUUAGCAUCACCACUCGAGUGGGUGUGGUGCUCCUUGUCCCUGUCUUUGGCGUCUUCGCUAUGCUCACAGUCGCCAUCCUGCUCAUUAUGGAAGGCCUGUCUGCUUUUCUACAUGCACUACGUCUUCACUGGGUGGAGUUCCAAAACAAAUUUUAUCAUGGGGCAGGUGUCAAGUUUGUACCCUUCGACUUCUCUUUGCUGCCCUCUGUGUUUGAGCAGGAUGGUUUGCUCUAAAAUGUGAAAUUGAGACAGGAUGCUGACUUUAACAGUAAAAUGCUGCAAGAUGGAUUUAUUGACACUGUGAUUAUGCCAACUAUUCAAGACAAUGAGUUCAAAAUUUCUCUUGUAGCAAUCUUCACUGUAUUAUCGGCUGUGCUGACUGCCUUACUGCUGUACCCAGCAAACCUCUUGAAAUGUUCUUAAUUGGUUUCCUUAAGAAUUUUGUAACUUGUAAUCACAAAGUAUUUAACUUGCAUUGUGCUGUGAGAAGAGGUUUAUGCUCAUUAUGUACAAUUUACAUCAAAACAAUAUUAUCACUUUAUUAUAUUGUGCCAUAGAGAUUCCUUUGUGGUAAUUGUUGCAUUUGAGUCUCUGCAGUUUUGUAAGAAACAAAUCUUCGAAAUAACAUUAAAUUAUUUUUAGACUCACAUGGUAAUAAAGCACUUUGCAGAAAUGAUUGUACAUUUUUCACAUAACUGUGAUGAUGCCAAAUGAAAAAGAAUUUUGAGCUCUUACUAGCUUGCUUAUUUAAGGAAUUUACAUAACCUCUCCUGUUGAUGACACUGCGUUUUGCAUUGAUUUGUUAUUUAAUCAUGGUAUUUAUUUAAAUUAUAUGUAUAGGAAUAUCAUAUUUGACCAAUUUUGAUGUUGAAUAAAAGUUUCAGCUGCAAGCAUUU